AUGACCUCUAAAGCAAAACUCCAAGAUCACUGGUCCAUCAUUACCCGCUUUGACAAUUUCUUCACAGGACAGGAAAAUCAAGCUGAGGAAAAUAAAGCUGGAUGGACUGGAAAUCAAGCUGAGGAAAAUAAAGCUGGAUGGACUGGAAACCGGGUUACUUGGCCAUAG